AUGGCGACGCCCAAGAAGCUGCUCCGAGCCUGGGAAGGCAGGACCAAUGAGACGCAGAAGCUGGAGGAGGAGCUGAUGACCACCAGGAUCCGGGAGGCGGAGGCGCUCUCUGAACUGAAGGAGCUUAGGCUGAAGGUGCAAGUUUCGACAAACCAGCUGCGGCGGCAGGACGAGGAGCGCGCGCUGCAGACGCGCCAGCGCGAGUUUCAGCACAGGCUCAGCGACCUCGAGAGCAAGGUGACCUUCUACCGUGUUCUAGAGCAUUCCAUUCCUUCUAGCUCGUGGUGCACGUGCCACGAGACGCGCCAGCGCGAGUUUCAGCACAGGCUCAGCGACCUCGAGAGCAAGGUGACCUUCUACCGUGUUCUAGAGCAUUCCAUUCCUUCUAGCUCGUGGUGCACGUGCCACGAGACGCGCCAGCGCGAGUUUCAGCACAGGCUCAGCGACCUCGAGAGCAAGGUGACCUUCUACCGUGUUCUAGAGCAUUCCAUUCCUUCUAGCUCGUGGUGCACGUGCCACGAGACGCGCCAGCGCGAGUUUCAGCACAGGCUCAGCGACCUCGAGAGCAAGGUGACCUUCUACCGUGUUCUAGAGCAUUCCAUUCCUUCUAGCUCGUGGUGCACGUGCCACGAGACGCGCCAGCGCGAGUUUCAGCACAGGCUCAGCGACCUCGAGAGCAAGGUGACCUUCUACCGUGUUCUAGAGCAUUCCAUUCCUUCUAGCUCGUGGUGCACGUGCCACGAGACGCGCCAGCGCGAGUUUCAGCACAGGCUCAGCGACCUCGAGAGCAAGGUGACCUUCUACCGUGUUCUAGAGCAUUCCAUUCCUUCUAGCUCGUGGUGCACGUGCCACGAGACGCGCCAGCGCGAGUUUCAGCACAGGCUCAGCGACCUCGAGAGCAAGGUGACCUUCUACCGUGUUCUAGAGCAUUCCAUUCCUUCUAGCUCGUGGUGCACGUGCCACGAGACGCGCCAGCGCGAGUUUCAGCACAGGCUCAGCGACCUCGAGAGCAAGGUGACCUUCUACCGUGUUCUAGAGCAUUCCAUUCCUUCUAGCUCGUGGUGCACGUGCCACGAGACGCGCCAGCGCGAGUUUCAGCACAGGCUCAGCGACCUCGAGAGCAAGGUGACCUUCUACCGUGUUCUAGAGCAUUCCAUUCCUUCUAGCUCGUGGUGCACGUGCCACGAGACGCGCCAGCGCGAGUUUCAGCACAGGCUCAGCGACCUCGAGAGCAAGGUGACCUUCUACCGUGUUCUAGAGCAUUCCAUUCCUUCUAGCUCGUGGUGCACGUGCCACGAGACGCGCCAGCGCGAGUUUCAGCACAGGCUCAGCGACCUCGAGAGCAAGGUGACCUUCUACCGUGUUCUAGAGCAUUCCAUUCCUUCUAGCUCGUGGUGCACGUGCCACGAGACGCGCCAGCGCGAGUUUCAGCACAGGCUCAGCGACCUCGAGAGCAAGGUGACCUUCUACCGUGUUCUAGAGCAUUCCAUUCCUUCUAGCUCGUGGUGCACGUGCCACGAGACGCGCCAGCGCGAGUUUCAGCACAGGCUCAGCGACCUCGAGAGCAAGGUGACCUUCUACCGUGUUCUAGAGCAUUCCAUUCCUUCUAGCUCGUGGUGCACGUGCCACGAGACGCGCCAGCGCGAGUUUCAGCACAGGCUCAGCGACCUCGAGAGCAAGGUCAUGAGGCUAGAAGCGUGGAAGGCGCGCGCACUCGGUCUCACGCUCACGAGGAGCGAGUCACUAGAAGAGGACCUGGAGGAGGACGACAAACUGAAACUCGUGCUGCGGAGGGAAUCCUCCGCCUCCCUGGACUCUAACAAGACGUAGCGAUAUCUCUCUACUCUCCGUUCUCCUGUAAAGCGGGAAUGUACUCUUUCUCUCCGGUUCCUUAGAAGGUGGAUACGGUUUCAAAAUUUAUUUGUACGUAUACAAUAUGUGAUUGCUUAACUAUAGCAGAGCCAUUUUAAUAGGCAACAUUUGACAGUUCAACUAAUUUCGUUUUGUUAGAUCUGCACAUUUGCUUAACUUUUUUCAAUUACGAUUACAUAUUAGUAAU